UGCGCUGCGGACGUCAGGUGACCCUCCAGCCGGCGGUGAAGAUGCAAAAUGGAACGUUGGGGAUCUGAGGAUCACCGUCAUCUGCUGUGAUUACUCCCGGGAUCGCCGGUGGGAGGAUGAAGAACUAAACCCACCGUGGCUCAUCCUGCUUAUUGAUACCGGCUCUUGGUUUUUGGCACCUGGGGUGCGCCCGCCGCCUGCUCUCUGCGCGCCCCGGAGUAUUGCCUUGCAAGCGGCAGCUGUUAAAGUGAUAUCUGGCUUUCGAACCGUUGCUAUUGAUUUUCGGGGCACAGCACGUGUAGGUGGCCAGCGCCAUGGGGCUGUGCUACAGCCUGCGGCCGCGGCUCUUCGGCGAUCCCAGCGGCUCCAUCUCCAAUGCAGCUACCAACUCGGACACAGAGCAGCCCCCGGAGCUGUCUGUGCCCCUGCGAGCCGGGGAUUUAAGGCAUGGAGAUUUGCACCGACCGGGGGCAUCUGCAGGGGAUAUGCCUUUGCAACAGCCUCAUGCCCUUCUGCGGGAUGGGCAGCCGCGGAGAGGGGAGAUCUGCAAACCCUGCAGAGGGGACAGUCCGGAUGGUCUGAUGCUUUUAUUGCAGAAUGGAGGAGGCAGCGGCAGCAGCGGGGACAGCAAACAGCAGCACAAGCCCAGCAAAGUGCAACAAGCACAGCAGCACCCAGGGCAGCAGCAGCAUCCUCUGCAGAAAGGAUGGGACAAGCUCAGGCUGGAGGAGAAGGAGGCCGAGAAGGAGGCCAAAAAAGUCAGCAAAAGCAUAGACAAGGUGCUAAAGGAGCAGGAACGGGAAUACAAACAGACACACAGGCUGCUGCUACUAGGUGCUGGCGAGUCAGGAAAAAGCACGAUUGUGAAACAAAUGAGGAUCCUCCAUGUCAAUGGAUUUAAUUCAGAAGAAAAGAAACAGAAAAUCCAGGACAUUCGGAAAAAUGUAAAAGAUGCCAUUGUGACCAUAGUAUCUGCAAUGGGAACAUUAAUACCCCCGGUUCCACUGGCGAAUCCUGAGAACCAGUUCAGACUUGAUUACAUCAAGAGUAUAGCUCCACUCUCUGACUUUGACUAUACACAGGAAUUUUUUGAACACGCACAAAGACUUUGGGAUGACGAUGGUGUGAAGGCAUGUUUUGAGAGGUCAAAUGAAUAUCAGCUCAUUGACUGCGCACAAUACUUUCUAGAAAGAAUUGACCAUGUUCGGCAAAACGACUACACACCAACAGAUCAGGACUUACUAAGAUGCAGAGUUUUGACAUCAGGGAUUUUUGAAACGCGAUUUCAAGUAGACAAAGUAAAUUUCCACAUGUUUGAUGUAGGAGGCCAAAGAGAUGAAAGAAGAAAAUGGAUCCAAUGUUUUAAUGAUGUCACAGCUAUUAUUUUUGUAGUUGCCAGUAGCAGUUACAACAUGGUUAUACGAGAAGAUAACAAUACAAACAGACUACGAGAAGCACUGGACCUAUUCAAGAGUAUCUGGAACAACAGGUGGUUACGAACUAUUUCCGUCAUUUUGUUUUUGAACAAACAAGACAUGCUGGCUGAAAAGGUCUUGGCAGGAAAAUCUAAAAUAGAAGACUAUUUCCCAGAAUAUGUCCGCUAUACUGUACCUGAUGAUGCAACACCAGAUGCUGGAGAGGAUCCCAAAGUAACACGGGCCAAGUUCUUCAUUCGAGAUGAGUUCUUGAGGAUAAGCACGGCGAGCGGCGACGGAAGACAUUACUGCUACCCUCACUUCACGUGUGCUGUGGACACAGAGAACAUUCGCAGAGUUUUCAAUGACUGUCGAGACAUCAUCCAGAGAAUGCACCUCCGCCAAUAUGAACUCUUGUAAACGUAAUCACCGUGGAGCCUGUGGUUUAAAAUCCUUUGCUGUCUUUCUCUGUAUCGCUCCACACAGGGUGGAACAUCCCUACAAACGCACCCUUUUUUCCUUUUUUUAUGCUAAGCAAGAACUUUUUGUGACUUGCUUUUUUUUUUUUUUUUUUUUUAAAUUUCCCUUAUCGAGAGAGGGCAGUUGAUGUCCUUAUUUAAUUUCCUUUCACAUGCCACUUUUUUUUUUUAUCAUUCCACUAGGGCCAGGGCUGCUCAAUCGUUUAUAGACCUAACGUACCCUUAGCAAAACAAAUAGAUUUCACCCAUUCGGCUACUUUGGGUAAUAGGUUGGACUAGAAGUGAACGAGUGCCUGUCGCAGAUAGUACACCUCAGGCGGUCUCGCCCCGCGAUGCAUUCCUGCAUGUCCCUACCUUCUAGGCUGAGCAUGCAGCG